AUCUUGAGAAACAAAAAGAAAAAUCACAAAAACAAAUAAUAUCUUGUUGCUGCCCAGGAUCGAACUGGAGACCUUCAGUGUGUAAGACUGACGUGAUAACCACUACACCACAGCAACCUCAUGAUUUUAGACGUAGUUGAAGUUAUUCUACUUUUUUAUUAUCUCAACCCAUAAUUCAGAUCUAACUAGAAUGAAUUUUUAUGUUAUCAUAAAAGCUAAUCAUAUCUUCCAUGUAUAAAAUUAUAUUAAAUGUGUUAGACAUGUUUCUCUAAUUUUCUUUACAAAACAUUAAAUACUGGAAACUAGUAAAACCAGAUCCAUGGUCUCACAGUAUACAUGAAACACAAAGUUGAAAUAGUUGUGAUAUAAAUCAGUCAAAUUCUACCGCUCCAUCUCAUCAGAUUAGAAUCCUGAAAUGGAAGGUGAAACGGUGGUGCAUAAUGGUGGCUGCCAUUGUAAGAGUGUAAGGUGGAAAGUGAUUGCUCCUUCCAGUGUGGUGGUAUGGGACUGCAACUGCUCAAACUGCUACAUGAGAGGCAAUACUCACUUUAUUGUGCCUGCUCACAAAUUUGAGCUUUUGGGAGAUUCUGCUCAGUUUCUUACAACUUAUACGUUUGGAACCCACACUGCAAAGCAUACAUUCUGUAAAAUAUGUGGUAUAACUUCAUUCUAUUAUCCUCGCUCAAACCCGGAUGGGGUUGCUGUUACAUUCAGGUGUGUUGACCCCGGAACUUUGACCGACAUUGAAAUCAGGAAUUUUGAUGGGAAGAAUUGGGAGCAGUCAUAUAAUAAGACAGGUAUCUCUUCAUGUUCAAAGGUGCAGAAGUAAGUAACUACCACAUCCUUAGCAUGUCGUGUAUGAAGUUUUUAUUGAUAAAAGUGUAGCUUAUGUUGAUGUAGUGUAUCUGUAGUACUUUCAAAAUUUGUGAAUUGUUGAUGACAAUGCAUGACCACUGUUGCUCUUGAAUUUUUGUUCAAUCAUUUGAAUGAUAUAUCAAAACACCUAAUGAAGUAGAAGGUCGGUUGCAUGACA